AUUAACGGUGUCAUUGUUUGUUUACUAAUGACAGAUUUAAAAGUUUGUUGAACAUUUUAUUGUUUAUACUUUAUAAAUAUGAAUAUUUCUGAAAGUGCAGAUGAAUCAAGUUGUAGUUCGUGUAAAAGGCAAGAAAAUGGCGACUCGACGACGGAAACAGAUCGCCCCUUGAAGAAGGCACGCUUUGCUUGGCAAGUAAAAGGAAAAUAUCAUCUAAAGAACGAAAUAUCUCUUGAUAAAUCGUCGAAAUCAACGCCUGAAGGUAGUGUCGCCGGUACAUUUUCAGAAAAUGAAAGUGAAUGUAAGAAAAUAUGCUCUACUGUAGAACCAAACCUUGAAAUACUGGGCAAUCUGUUUGAACAAGACUUGUGUACUUUAGACUCAGUGACUAAGUCUGACCAACAAAUAUUACCUAAUAGAAUCUCUGAAGAAAAAUUACCAUAUCCUAAACCACUCAGCACAGAAAAUGUAGAUAUUAUUGAAUAUGAAUCUAAUAUGAAUAUAAGAAAUGAAUUAGAAGACCAAUGCAUAGCCAGCUGGCAGGCCAGACAGAUGACAAAAUGCUUUUUAGACAAUACAAUAAAUAGUCUUAUUGAUGGCUGGAUGAGAGGACCACUUCUCACUGAUAUUGAUGAUGAUAGAUUCACAGUUUUUGGUGAUCCGGAACCUUUAGAAGACAACAAUGAUGAUAGCAUAGAAAAUGAAGGAAUUCUCAUGGCUAUUUCCGCACACGGCCUACAAAAUGCAUCUGCUUCAAGUGAAUAUAGUACCGACAGUACUAAUACUAGUAAUAAUGAUUCAAAACCGUUUUUAUCACCUCCUAGCAGUCCACAACCAGAAAUUUUGGAUUCGAGCACCAGUUUUAGAAAUGACAAAGUUUAUGUAGAUGACAUAUCAAAAAACACAUCACAAGAUGAUUAUGCAUACUCACCAUGUGAUAGCAAUAAAAAUGAAAUAGGCGAAGAUUUUGAUACCAUCAACAAUAACUAUAGUGAUAAUGAUAAUAGUCAUUAUGACUUCCUAGAUACUGCUGUAUCAUUUGCUAUUCAGUACAAGGGACUGACUUCGUACGGCACUGAUUAUGGAUAGAAUUGCUAAAUGUAAGACAAAAAUAGCCUUCGAAUAACUAUAAAACUAAGUCCUAGUCGCUCAUUCAGAAUUAAAGAGACCUAAUCCAAAACUUUGGGUGUUUUGGGUAAAUUGAUAUUAUUUCCAUUACCUAGUGUUUUCUCAUAAGUAAUAUUAAUGAGGUCACUUCAAUUCUUAAUAAGCAUAGUGUAUUUUGUGUACACUGAAAAACAAUUUUCACAGUGUUCAUUACUCUUAUUGAGUACCGUUAUGAAUACAAAUCCUUACUUAACAUGUAUGUUUUAAGGUUUUAAAUACACAAUUUGUUAUGUAUACUCACAUAUUACUAAGAUAUUAUAUUAAUAUACU